CCGUUAAAAAACACGCUCGUUCAACUUUGGCUUAAAAAUGUGGAACCGCCCUUUCGGGUUUGGGUAAUCCCCCUGAUAAACCAGGAACCAUAUUAACGAUACGUGGUGUUGUGCUCACUGCACCAACUGGUGAUUUUAACGUAGGCAAAGAGGGUAUUUUUUAAAAAAUUUCACCUGGACGAUUACCCCGUCAUGUAUUUAAGUAUGUGUGUUUAAAACUUACACAGCACAAUUGCAUUUAUUGGUUUAACAAAACAAUAAAACAUAUAUGCAUAUGCAAGCGACAGUGAUUUUUUUAUUCCGAUAUUUCUUCCGUAAGUUUCUUGCCAGUCAUUGCUCUGUCAGUUGCUGUUCUUUUAUUAUAUUGCUCAGUUUUGGUGAUUUGUAAUGUUGCCUAAUCUAUCAAUCAGUUUAUUGUCACUAUUCUUGUAGUGUAUUUAAAUGUAUUUUAUGAGGUGGUAACUCAAGAUCAAGACGUGCAUCAUUCUUGUGGGUCACUCAAAGUAUAUACAGUAUCGAUAUAUAUAUAUAUUUAAUAUUUAUAAAACACAAAGUUUUAAAGUUAAAAUAAGCAUUAGGAUUAUGUAUAUAAAGGGUAGUACUGAUAGUUGGGAUGCAGUAGCACUUUUAAGUUAAUUGCUAAACCAAAUAAGAAGUGAUAUGGAUACUGUACUAAGGAAAAAAGUCAGUGAAAUAAAAACCAAAAGAAUUCUUCUGAAACAAAUGCACUGCAUUGAUGUACUGGAUCACAUGGAUUGUAUUUACAUAGCUAAAAAGCAAAGAUUAAAGCAAGUCGACCAUAAUGACGGGCAAAUAAGGUCAAAUAGUGAGUUUUUAGACAUAGCUCCAACUUAUGCAGGAUGGGCUAAACAAUUCUUGGAUGCUCUGUAUGAAACAAAUCAGAAGUAUUUAGCAGACAUGCUUCUUCCCCUAGAAGGGUACAGCCCACCAAUAUCUGAUAAUGACCUCACCCCCGAUGAACAUCCUGACCCACCAAAUUUCCCACAAAACCGAUCGGAGGCACCACCUUCGUAUGAAAAUACCUUUCCCAACAUGGUAGCAAAUCCAAAUCACCGAUCCUAUAAUUCUGAUCAAGGGGAAGAGAUGAAAAAUCUUCAAAGAAAAUUUAAAUCAAAUCAACUGAGUCAGAAUUUAACUGAAUCUGAGGCAGUUCCCAUUUCAGAACAAAGUAACGCUGAUCAAAUGAGACUAGAUUCAUGUUCUCAAUCCGAUAAUCAAACAAAUGAGACUCUAAGUGCAUUUAACUUCCCGAAUACAACUAGCUUUAACAAUGCAAGCAGAGACACUUCAACUAGUUUUAACAAUGCAAGCAGAGACACUGACAGCAAAAGUUCUUACAAGGCUAAAAAUUUAAAUGCUGUUCAAACAAUUCCUGAGGAUGUUGACAACGGCGGUAGAUCACACAGCAGUAAAAUUAAUAACUUCCAAACACUUUCAAGGGAAGAUUCAACUUCGUUACAUGGUAUCUACAGAAGAGAAAUUGAACCAGCUUCAAACUUAAAGCUUCCAGCACCUACAUCAUCCGAUUCUCAUAACCAAACUUCUGAUUACACCUUGAGUGACAAUCACUGUUUUAGUAAAAAUGAGGAGGUAGUUAACCGAACUGUUCUUUCUUCAAUAGCAGAGAAUACAGUCUUAUUAAACACAAAACUCGCUGAAAAAGAAUUAUUGCCAUUUGCGCCAUUUAAAAACCCGCAGGAAACAGCAACUGAAAGCAUCCCCUUUAAAACAAUAUCACAGAGUUUUGAAGUAGAAGAAAAUUCUGUAUCGGAAGAGGUGAUUACAUCAAAAGAUUUACGUUUUUCUUCAGAAUACUCUGAUUCUACAUGCCAAGAUAGCAACACUUCAUCAUCUUCUUCAAGCUGGGGUAGACAGGACACAUCAGAUACAAAAAUAAAAGAAGUAGAAAAUAAGGGAGAGAGCGUAAGUCAUAUUCCAUCUCCAAAUUCUGAGAUCAUACAAAGUAGUGGUGGUAGUAAAGUAACCAAAGAAACAAGCAACCCACAGAAUCUAAUAGCUUUGGAAGAGGAGACUAACAAAAGUGAAAUAAUCGUUGCUGACAAUAAAGAGUUAUCACCUGAUCCGAAUUCCCAAAUUAAAUGUAGAGAAAACUCUACUCAAAAUACAGAAAAUGUUGCUGAAAAUAGUUACGACCCUGUAAUAACUAAUGCAAACCCACAUAGUGAUGUCACAAUCGCACACAAUAGUGACACUAGUUUGAGAGAUAUUUCACAAGAAUCAAGUAUUUACAACACUGCUAAUAAUUAUGCCCAAGUUCAGCAUGAUCAUCAUAAUAUUAGUUCAACCGAAGAACCAAGUAUGUAUUACUCAACGAAUUGGCAAGAAAGAGCUAAGAAAGCAAGCCCAGUUUCUAUAAUGGCAGCCAAAUUUCCUAAAAAUUUAAAUAAGAAAUAAAACAUAAUUUUUACUGUUGGACUUUGUUGUUGAAAUCAUGGUAUAUUUUUGCUUUAAUAAAUAUUAAUGUGGUUUUUGUUGUGCGUUGCAACAUAAUUCAACUGUACUGUUCUAUUCUAACUCAUGAAAGUUCGACGUGGUAUACAAUGUAAGGAGAUUAUUAUAACAGCAAGCAAAGGGCGUUAACCAUUAAUAUAUUUUUCAUUUUUAACCUUAUUUGUAGGAUGGUGUGUAACAUUUUUUGUUUGUUUAAUUUGUACAUGUUUCCAGUUACCGUCUGCCUGGUACUUCAAACUUACUCAUAUUUUUUAAUGUAUUUUUUAUUAAUUACAGGUAGUUGCAACGGGAAUAUUUUGAUUAGGUUAUUAAGAAAAACAUUUGUUUUGCCUGAAAAUUUGCAAAUGAGGUGAUGGAGGAGGUAGAAAGAAAUGGUUGCCUACGCCAUAAACUAAAUAAAAAGCAACUCAUCGAUUUGCGUGAAACGGUCAAGAAAAAACUGAAGCAACCACGGGUGAGACACGCAUUUGCAAAUCGAAUGGAUUCGGAAACAGUCCUUAACUUUCUGGGUGAUAUUUUUCCACAAGGACAGAAGGAAAAAAUCCAACGUGAUCUAGACAACCAUGGACGUUCUAAAGCCGCUCAUGGUAUUAUGGACAACAUUCAUAGAUUUGACAACUGGUUGUUUCCCCUGUUAGAUAGUUUAGCAGAAUGUAAACAGAUUGAUCUAGCAAAGCUUCUUUUUUCGGAUUAUAUUGAACCAGUGGAUGAAACAGAGUGUGUAGAAUUUCAAUAUUCCACAGAACACGUUAUUAACAACCUUUCCUCUGAAGUGGAAUCACUUUCACUCAAUUCUUCAAACAAUUCGAACCCAUGGAAUGGAAUAAAAGAGAACAAUCCUAUGUCAUUUCCCUUAUCAUUUCCAACAGCAGAGUUCAGUGUUGUUAGUCAAAAACCAGGAUUCCUUACCAAUCUCCCAAUUGCCCAAACGGGAGAUGUUGAGUUUUCAUUGACAUAAUCUUUAACAAAAUAUUGUUGUAAACAACACCAUGUUAUAUUGUUAAAGCGUUUAGAAAUAAUUAGUAAACUUGUUUUUUUAAGUUGGCAUUUUUUUUCCACCACGCAUUUAAAUAGGCUAUGGUAAUUUUUCUACUUUAAACCUCUAUGUUUGUUAUUGUUACAUUAUUUUCUAAUUUAAGUCCACUGUUUUGCUAUGCAACAUCGAAAGAAGAUGUAUAUAAUGUACUUCUUUUGCGAAUGCAGCUGGUAAUUUCUUUUAGUGCCACAGCUUAUUUACACUGUAUUAUUAGCAGACCAUCAAUUGUAAAAUCUAUUUAAAUUUUAUCAGCCCUAUUCCUAAAUUUUACACGUUAUUGUUAUUGUUAUAAAUAGGACCGAACUUAUAGAAAAUACGGUUCCAUAUCAACCAUUCUAAGCUUUAGUUUUGACUUAACAAUAUACGUUCUUAAAGUAAUA